GUUCAACUUAAUUAAAAUAUGAAACUAACCUGAGCCCAAACAUUGGUGAUGGGGGUUGUUAUAAUAGGAUGCAUACUGUUAACUUCUGCCCAGCAGAGCCCUUUAACAGCCUUAAUGGAUCAAUCCCAUGGAGAUGGAUUCUUAACUUUACAGGAAAAAUGAGAAAAGUAUGGUUAUCCCUAUGAAGAGCAUGAAGUCACGACUGAAGAUGGCUACAUAUUAACUCUCAUGAGAAUCCCUUCUAGCCCGACUUCCCAAAGUAGUCAGCCUGGUAGUCCUGUUUACUUAAUUCAUCCAAUAUUUGUCGAUGCAAACCAAUUUGCGCAAGGAGGUCCUGAAGACUCUCCUGCUUUCUUUCUGGCUAACAGAGGCUUUGACGUCUGGCUGAACAACUUUAGAUGGACUUCCCAUACCAGACACACAAGUCUUGACCCAAGGACAGACCAGGAGUACUGGGACUUCGAUUUAACCACUGUCAGGCAUGAUAUUAUGGCUGAUAUCACUCACAUUCUCAGCACAAAUACUAAUUACGAUACUGUCAGUACUUUUGCUUACUCCUUAGGAGGAACUGCUCUAAGCUUUGCAUUAGCAAUAGAGCCUGAGUUCUUUGAAUCUAGGAUUAAUGUGGCAGGGCUCAUUGUGACUCCAGUUUCGUUUGCACAUAGCAAUUCUGUUCUUUACACAAGCGCUGGAUAUAUGAAUAAUGUCUUAGAGAAAAUGAGACAAUCAGGCGCCACUCUUCUAUUUCCUUAUCAGAGUCCAGUGACAACAAUGAUUGGAAUGUUUUGAACAAUCAUGCCUAACUUGUGCACUGCAGGCCUAGAAUUAAUAUCAGCAGAGGCAGAUUCCUCAAUUGAUAACAGAGGAGUAGGAAAUUUAUUACUUCAGUUCCUUCCAACAACUGUAAAAAUUUUCGAGCAUUUCACUCAGAGUGCAAGAACUGGAAGAGUUUCCUACUUUGAUUAUGGAACGGAAGGAAACCUGGAGCAUUAUGGUACUGAAGAAGCUCCUUUAAUUCCUCUUGAGAACACUGUAAAUAACGUUGCUAUUUUUGAUUCAGAUAAUACAAACUCAGCCUCGAUGGAAGACACUCAAUGGUACAUCAACGAAAUAGAUCCAUGCACUGUUUUCUUUAACACUUAUCAUUUGUCUCACUUCGGAUUCCUUGUAGGCGAUACCCAGCUGUAUCUAAACGACGUAGUAGACUUAUACGAGACCUAUCAAAGUCAAUCAUCUUAAACUCCCGUAUAACAUGAGAAUAAUAAAAUUACACAUGAUCUG